AUGGAAAAGAAGGAGCAUGUCAUAAUUGAUGCCACUGGACAAGUGGCAGGAAAGCUUGCGGCAAAGGUCACCAAGCUCCUUCUUGAGGGAGUUCGUGUGAGUGUUGUGUGCUCUGAGGAAGCUGUGUUUAUGGGGAGUCUAAAAAGGUCUAUGGAUAAGUUCAAGGCAUAUCUUAAUAAAAGAUGCAUUGUUAACCCAAGAAGAGGGCCUUUUCAUUUUCGUGAGCCAAGGAUGCACCUGGCAAAGAUAAUCAGGCGGAUGAUCUCGUAUAAGAAGGCUAGAGGGAAAAUAGCAAUGAGUAAACUCGCCACCUAUGAAGGAAUUCCAAGAGAGCUUGAAGGGUUACCAAGACAUAAAGUUACUUGUGCACUAGCCAAGUAUACAGGAAAUCCUAAUAAUCAUGUUACUCUCGGGAAGCUCCUGAGUAUGUUCGGAUGGAAGCAUGCUGAGGCAGCCAAAAGUCUUACGGAAGAACUAAGAGAAAGGGAAAAGCAGGCGUUUUUGAAAAAGGAAGAGGUAUGCAAGGAGGCGGAAAAACUGAAGAAAGAUAAGUCCUUUGAGGAUGAAGUAAACAAGAAGCUAGCCAUGUUUGCAUAA